AUGGCAAAUCCAGAGAAUGAAUGGGAGUUGGAGGAGGGUAUCCCUCAGGUUGAGGACCCCUUUAUCCAACAAUAUCUAAAAGGACGCGAUGCUUUAAUUAUGGAAGAGAAAAAGCGACGUCACGAUGCAAAUCUGCGCAAAUCUCUAUCACCUAUCGCCGCCCGGGCGACGAAGAUUGUGUCGCAGAUCCGAGCUCAGGAACAGAACGAGCUGUGGUCAAGUGGAUUGGAGGAGGACCUGGCCCACCAGACAGAUGAGAUCCUCUAUCCUGGUGUCAUGUUCAAUCUGGCUAAAGGCCGCAUGGAAACGACUAAACUAUGGAAAAUCGUGGAAAAGAUGCCAAAGGGGUCCCUCCUGCAUGCCCACAUGGACGCCAUGUUCGACAUUGACUUCCUAAUUGAUCAGGCAUUUUCCACGCCUGGCAUACACAUGUUAGCACUGAAGCCGUUGAUCACAGCCAAGGAUUAUGAAGAAGCGCCCGUGCUUUUCCAGUAUUCCUCGCAGCCUCUAGAAGUAUCCGAGGACAAGCCAAGUAUGUGGUCGGAGGCAUACGAGGCUUCGUCAUUGAUCUCGAUUCAGAAAGCCGCCGCCUCUUUCCCUAAUGGGGGAGAGAAGGGCUUCCGCGAAUGGUUGAACAAUCGAUGUGUCCUUGUGCCGGAGCAUUCAUAUCACCACCACCAUGGAGUAGACGCGAUUUGGUCUAUCUUCACAAAAACUUUCCCUAUUGUCGACUCUCUCUUGAUGUAUGAGCCCAUCUUCCGUGCCUGUUUGUUCCGGUUGCUCGGACAGCUUGCCGAGGAUGGAAUUCGAUACGUGGAGUUCCGUAUUGCGUUUGUCUUCCAGUUUCGGAAAGAAGGAAACGACAAACCCGAAGAAGGCUACUUUGAGUGGUGUCGCGUGGUGGAAGAUGUUGUGGCUCAGUUCAAAGAAACGGAUGAAGGGAAAGACUUCUACGAUCCUCGCAUUAUCUGGACUACGCUCCGGUGGUUUGGCAAUGAGGCGAUUGUCAAUAGCAUGAAGGAGUGCAUCGAAACAAAGCAGGAGUUCCCCGAUCUGAUCAGUGGGUUUGAUCUUGUUGGCCAAGAGGAUAACGGUAGGCCGCUAGUCGACAUUGUCCCGGUGCUAUUUUGGUUCCGAAAGAAAUGUGCGGAAGAAGGUGUUGAUAUUCCCUUCUUUUUCCAUGCUGGAGAAUGUCUCGGUGAUGGCGAUGCGACAGACCACAAUCUAUUCGAUGCCAUCCUUCUUGGCACUCGACGAAUCGGCCAUGGGUUCUCACUUUACAAGCAUCCCCUACUCAUUGAUUUGGUCAAAGAGAAGAAGAUCCUUGUUGAAUGCUGCCCGAUCUCGAACGAAGUGCUCCGCCUUGCUAGCUCCAUCAAAGCCCAUCCUUUGCCCGCGCUAUUGUCCAGAGGUGUCCCCGUUUCGCUGUGCAACGACGACCCCGCAAUUCUUGGCCACGGAAGGAAUGGAUUGACGCAUGAUUUCUGGCAGGCUUUGCAGGGGCUCGAAAAUGUGGAUUUGGUCGGCCUAUCGAUGAUGGCUCAGAACUCCAUCCGGUGGAGCUGCUAUGAAGAUGAGUCGACCGCCGAGUGGAAAGCUGGCAUUCAAAAUGGGGUAAUGGGGAAGGGACUGAAGUCUAAACGUCUGCGAGAUUUCGCUGCGGAUUUCGAGAAAUUCUGCGAGUGGAUCGUGCUGGAGUUCGCUGAAUUCGAUGCUGGGGAUGAUUGA